GACAGAUAUCUUUCAUCGAUUAUAUCUUUAAUCAAUGAUAGAUUUUUUUGUUGUCAGUUCGCGAAAACCUUUUCUCGACACCUAAGUAUGAUAAAUUGUUUGGUAGAAAAGGCCAAGUCAAGAACACGUUGGCGUUUGUUCUGCAUCGUGAAUUUCUCCACGUUCGCUUGUCUUGAUAUUAUGCAAAUCCCUUCGCUGAGCAUCCUUUCCAGCUGGAGAUGAUAAUAUAUUAUGGCGAUAAGCUGACAAAACCUGUCAGCAUUUGCCAAACUUUGUAGCGCUUCAAAAUUGGCAAAAUUUGAAGCGCUUUGAGCCUGUUUGGCGCGAAAAUGUUCAAGGUAAACAACUACACGUGGUUUGGCAAGUGAAACCGCUUCGGCGUCUUCGCAGUUUUCUAAAUAUUACAAAUAUUCGCGUUUUAUUUUGCUAAAAGAAACCACUUCAGUCUGCGAAAAUGAUCAACAUAACAAAAACGCAGCUGUGUCACUUAGCAAUAGCAGUAAUGAAUAUUUCAUUUUUGAGUGGGAUUGCUGAAACUGAUUCCGAAAUUCAUGAAUAAAUAAUACCUCGCAAUAGACGGCAGGUGCAAUUGACCUUUAUUUUAAACAUUUCGUCGCUUGGAUCAAAAGCCAAACCACGAAUGGGAAGAUCGCUCAAAUUUUGAGCCUUUUAGGUUGCAAUUGUGUAAAGCAGCUAUUUUAUAAAACAAGAGAGAGCACGUAAAGUAUGGGCAGAGUUUUUAACAGGAUUACGUGUCUUUUCACGGUCCUUCUACUCGACAUUUCAUCGAGCUUCAAAGGCGAAUUUUACGACAACAAAUACAACGAUCCGACUUGGAUACUGUCAAGAAACUUUAGAAACGAGAAUGAUAAUAAUAAAGACGAACCCUCUGGUUCUGAUGUUAAAAAAAUCGACAUGAAGAUGCCUAAUGUAUCGCCACAAAAGCAUGAUUCAUAUUUCUGUAUUGCAAAGAAAAUGCCUGAAAAUGAUGCAUACAUAGUUGGAUAUGAGCCUCAUGCCAAAAUGCAAACUGCUCAUCAUAUGCUGAUGUUUGGUUGUGAUGAUGUUGAUGACUCAGGAACCAAAGGAUAUUGGGACUGUAAUGAAAUGGGAGGAACAUGUAAAGGGAAUGUGAACAAAAUAUUAUAUGCUUGGGCAAUGGAUGCACCUGCAUUAGAUCUCCCCAAAGAUGUUGGCUUUCAUGUUGGUGGAAGCAGUCGAAUUAAAUAUAUUGUUUUGCAAGUUCACUAUGCAAAUGUUGAUAAAUUCAAAAAUUUUCACGAAACAGAUCAUUCUGGUGUGAUUCUGCAUCUUGAAGCUAACAAACCAAAAUACUUUGCUGGGAUCUAUCUAGUGGCUGCUGGUGGCCCUCCAAUUCCAGCUAAGAAUCCAGAAUUUGAUAUGAAUAUGGCAUGUCAUUACUCCAUGGGUCCAGAGAUGCACCCGUUUGCCUUUAGAGUCCAUACUCACAAGUUAGGCUAUGUGGUGACUGGUUACAGAAUUCGUAAUGGUAAAUGGCAUCUUAUCGGAAAGGGUGACCCAAGACGACCUCAGGCAUUUUAUAAAGUUAACAGUAAAGAUUCGCUUCUUCCCGGAGAUACUCUGGCGGCUAGAUGUACUUAUGACUCCACGAAGCGUGAUCGCACUACAUAUAUUGGGGCGACCGGUGCAGAUGAGAUGUGCAAUUUCUAUAUGAUGUACUGGUAUGACCCAGCUGAAGGCCGAUCCACUGAUGCAUGCACUUUACCAAAUCCUGAGAUAUCCGAUGGCGAUUACCCCAAAGACACGAAUGUACCAUUACCAGAGGAGAAAAAGAUGGAAAUGAAACGGCGGGAAAUGAAUGACGAAUUUGUGGCGAAAAGCGCUCGUGGUUUGACUGAGCAAGAAAACUGGCCGGAAAGCAAUCUGGAGUACGCUGGUUCAAAGGUUGGUCAAAUUUCCGGAGUGGCUGUUCAGACUACAGGGGACGUCGUUAUCUUUCAUCGAGGUGACAGAAUAUGGGAUGCUAGAACGUUUGAUUUUGACAACCAUCUCAAUCCAGAACUACGAAAUUCGCCAAUUAACGAAGAUCCUGUGUGGUUUUUGAAGAAGGAAACUGGAGAAGUGGAAAAAACUUGGGGCAAGGGAUUGUUUUAUUUUCCUCAUGGUAUAACAAUUGAUCAUGAAAAUAACAUGUGGUUCACAGACGUAGGAAUGCACCAGAUAUUCAAAUAUUCUCAAGACGGUAAAGAGCUGAUGAAAAUGGGCGAAAAAUUCGUUCCUGGAAACGACAAUAAACACUUUUGUAAACCAACUGACAUUGCAGUGGAGAAAGAUGGCAGCUUCUUUGUUUCAGAUGGUUAUUGCAACAGUCGCAUAAUGAAAUUCUCUGCUGCAGGAAAACUAACGAUCGUUAUAGAGGAUCAUUUACUACUGGCAACGCCUGGAUUCCCGCCUCCCCCGAAUUUCCUCGUUCCACACAGCCUAUCGCUGGGCCACGAGGGAAAAUUACUGUUUGUCGCGGAUCGAGAGCAUGGUCGUGUGUUGACAUUUGAUAGCGGGAAUGGAAAAUUUCGUGAUGAAUAUGAGGGAUUUGGUGAUAAAGUUUUCGCUAUUUGUUAUUCAUCCUCGCAAGGUGGGCUGCUUUACGUUAUUAAUGGGCAAUCGUCUCAACAAAAGUUAAUAUAUGGAUCUACAUUUCAUCUGAAGACGAAGAAAGUUACACAACAAUGGCAACCAAAGACAGGGUUUUCAUACCCUCACGACAUCACUUGUGAUCCAUCUGGAAAAGCUGUGUACGUAUCCGAGAUCACAUCACCAGGACGAUUGUGGAAAUUCCAAGAAAGUGUAAUGUACUAGGUAACAAAAUUAUUUAGCGAAGGUGUAAUUCUCACUUUAUGAAAAGACACUGUACGUUCUUUUAAAUGGAAGAGCUCUGUUAAACUAUUUGAUGGCUUCUUUUACAGCUUUGCGUAUCUAUCUUUGUUUUGAGAUGUUUCUCAAACGUGAAGCUAAUAAAAGAUAACGCACGUCAAUAGAAUUUACUCAGCUUCAAAGGAAAUAUAUCAAAAACAAGGAUGUUAAUAAGCUGUAAAAGUUUUGCUUGAUUAAAUAGUUUUUAUCGAUGGAGUUUUUCAUUUAAGACAACGAAAAUCAACUUCAAAUGGCCUUUAGGUUUUUUCUGUUGUUAUAGUAAUCCAUUAACGAGAGUCGGUCUAACACAAAGAGAGCCUAUACAGUUGUAGUUUUUUGGUUGUAGCGAUUUAUUUAGUGCACAUUUGUUAAGCUAUAACAUCAAUGUAUGGCAUGCACUUUGCAGGACAUAGUGAAUGCCUUUAGUCUUAGAGAAAUAUCGUUGCCUAGAUAUUAAAUUAUAAUGUUAAAAAUAACAUGCAGUAAAUCGUUGGGCUUUGUUCGGAAAUUUGAACAUUUCUCUUUCUGAUGCAGUUCCUUGUGAGGUUUCCCGCAGAAACCUUGUGAUUGAUCGAAUCUUUCCCAUGCAAUCAUUUGGAAACAUACAGA